UGCCGCCUGUUGGCCGCUCAGUGUCUGACACGAUGCCCCGCGCCCUCAGGAUGGCCGCCGUCUACCGCCCGCGCACUGUCCUCGGGACCAUGGAGUUCGGGAGGCGGGCGGACGCCGCGCAGAGCGCCGCCAUGGUGUCGGCCUUCACCCGGGCCGGGCACUGCGAGCUGGACGCGGCCUUCAUGUACUCGGGCGGCGAGACGGAGCGGAUCCUGGGCGGCCUGGGGCUGGGACCGGCAGUGAAAAUUGCAACAAAGGUGAAUCCGUGGGACGGGAAAACACUGAAGCCGGAGAGUGUCCGAAGCCAGUUCAAAACCUCUCUGGAGCGACUGCAGCUGCCAAGUGUGGACGUGCUGUACCUACACGCUCCCGAUCACGAGACACCGGUGGAGGAAACCCUUGCGGCUUGUCACGAGCUUUACCAGCAGGGGAAGUUUAAAGAACUCGGCCUCUCAAACUAUGCUUCCUGGGAAGUGGCAGAAGUUUACUCUAUCUGUAAACACAAUAAGUGGGUUCUUCCCACAGUCUACCAGGGAAUGUACAACUCCACAACUCGCCAGGUAGAGGUCGAGCUCCUUCCCUGUCUCCGGCACUUUGGCAUCAGAUUUUAUGCAUACAACCCCCUCGCAGGUGGGCUGCUGACUGGGAAAUACCGGUUUGAAGAUAAAGAUGACAAGCAGCCGGCUGGCCGAUUCUUUGGCAACAAUUGGGCGGAGGCGUACAGAAAGAGGUACUGGAAGGAGGAGCAUUUCCGAGCCAUAGACUUGGUCCAGAAAGCAAUCGAUGCAGCCUGUAGCCCGAAGAAGCUGAGCCUGACAUCUGCAGCCUUGCAGUGGAUGUACCAUCACUCCAAGCUCCAAGGAGACCUUGGCGACGGGGUUGUCAUUGGAGUUUCCGGCUUAGAACAACUGCAACAGAACCUGGCUGGAUCAGAGGAAGGGCCCCUCCCCCCAAGUGUGGUUGAGGCAUUUAAUGAAGCUUGGAUGCUGGUGGCCCACGACUGCCCAAAUUACUUCCGCUAGAAAUGCUGUGUCUGCGAGGCAGAAAUACAUUCAUAUGCUUUGGGAACCGUCAUAGAAAAACAAGUGCUGAUACUUGAGUGAUUAGCUGAUAAACCCUUCAAUCAGAGAGGGUCACGUUUCUCUUAUUAAUUCCGAAUGAUUUGUUAACAGGAGCUGAGUGUGGCGGUUUUAGAUCACCGAGCCUCAAACACAGCAGCGAUUUUGGUUUGUUUGACUUGUGCCUAGAGAGCUCAGGCUCCUGCGGAAGACUACAAUAGAACAGUGAGGAUUAAUAAUAUUCCUUGCAUUUAAUAUAGCACCGUAUCAUGUCUUCGAGACGUCUCAAAGCGUGUCACAGAAUUACACUAACUGUCGCCUGCCAAAUCCAGCAAUUCUUUACUAGGGUGUGAAGCACGUUGGUCUACAAGGAGAAUCACUUCAGGACGAAGUGUGAGUACAGCAUUUCCCUUAGCUCCUGCUGUUACCUGGAGGGAAUAUGUGAGUUUGAGUUGGUGUUAAUGCGAGAUAUUGGGAGUCCUCGUAGCUUUGUGGUUAAGGCACUCGCCUCACAAGCGAGAGGACCUGGGUUUGAUUCCUGGGCAGUGCGAAACAUUGAGCAAGUUUACUUGUAACAGAAUAAAAAUAUUUAAUAAUUAACAGAACUUGUGCACCUGUAAAAGAGAAAUAAAUCCCACUGUCACCGUGGAUUACACUUUAAA